AUGUCUCAAGAUCUCCUGGCCGAAUUCGGAGAUUUCACCCUCAAAGAUAAUACUGGUCAAAACUCCACCUCGACUCAAACGCAACCUUCCUUGUCGCAGCCAAUAUAUAACUCGAAUACUGUUCAACCACAAACGUCAAAUUUGCAAGUAUCGAAUCAGGACGAAAAUCUCUGGGACGAUGAUGAUGACGACUUUGGCGAUUUUGAGGAGCCGGAACCAGGACCACAGGAGAGCAUUCAGACAUCUACGAAAAAGGCUCCUACACCACCCGUGAAGGGAAUCAAAUCUGAUCCUAAGCCUGAACCGAAGCCUGCCGCGAAACCUGCCCCGCAACCACCGAAGAGAACUUCCGGUCCACCGGUCAUCUUGAAGAAAGCUACCAAAGCUAGUCAGCUAUCAAGCAAUCACCCUCUAGCAGGAUUCGCAGAUAUCCUAUUUGAUGCAGAUGAGUACGACGAGGUUGAAGACGCCGACGUUGUAGGCUCGUGGGGAGGUGACGACGACGAUGAUGAUUUUGGAGAUUUCGAAACAAGCGAGACGCCAGCUGUGAAUCGCAAUGUAGCGAAAACGUCAAUACCAACGAACCAAUCGAGGACGGCCAGGCCACCACCAUCAAAUGCUGUGGAUCUUUUAGGUCUGGAUGAUCCGGUUGAGUUACCGAGUAAGCCAACUCAACCUCCGCCAGGAGCAGCGAGGACGUCAAAGACGACAAUGUCGACUCGCAAAGCUCCGAUUACUCGUCCCGCUACGAUACCUCGACAAGAAUCCGCGCUAUCGAAUGAUGAUGCUUGGGAUGACUUUGAAACCUCGCAGCCUUCCCAGUCAUCACCUCAGGCGAAUACACCUGAACCAAUUGCCCAAAUCCGAUUACCGAAGGAAGUUCUAGGCGACCUCACAGCUCUUCCUACAACGACAGGCGUCGCUCCGUCCAAUAUUCCACCGCCCUCGGUUCUUCUAACAAUCUUCCCACCUGUUCUGACCUCUCUAGCACACCAAUUCCUACAACCACUAAGCGCCCUGCCUUCAUCUCAAAAAUCACACUUCCUCUCGACGACGGAUACAAAAACCUUCCUCGCUUCCUAUGUGACUCUCAUUCACGUCCUCGGCCAUGUGAUUGCUGGCCGAAAAUCACGCUGGAAGCGUGACAAACACNNUCUGGCUCAAAGCAUGCGUAUCGGACCAGCCAUGUCAGGUCGCAGUGGUGGUAUGAAGCUCACUGGCCUCGAUAAAUCUGAAGCUGGGCGCGAGGAUACUGAAGUUCAAGUCGUGCUGUCUGUAUGGAGUGAACAAGCAGGCAGACUCAAGACUGCUGUCACGGGUGCCUCGGUGCAUGGGAGCAAGCUUACUGUGCCAGAGUUGGGAGAUGCGCUUCCUGUGCGCGUUGCCAAAGGCUCGGAAGGUGCUAUCACAAGCACGCAAGCUUGUGCGCUGUGUGGACUGAAGCGGGAAGAGCGAGUGACAAAAGUAGAUGUGGCGGUGGAAGAUAGCUUUGGCGAGUUCUGGGUGGAAGGCACGAACAUGCACCGUUCCUGCUUGAGAUUCUGGGAGGUCUUCAGGACCCGCUUGAUGUCAAGAUGA